AUGAAGACCUAUCAAUCGAGUACCACAACGUCCAGAAGGUCUUCCUCGGCUAAGGAAGCUACCAAGCGAUCCAAGGCCAACCAACGGGAACGGAAUCGGAUGCAUGGCCUGAACGACGCAUUGGAUCGUCUACGUCGGUGCGUCCUAUUGCCGCAGCUAUUCAACACAUCCGUCAAGUGUGACCACACGGUACCGCAGAAGCUGUCCAAGAUUGAAACGCUGCGUUUGGCGAGGAACUACAUCUAUGUUCUGAAGGAAGCGCUCAGGCAGAAUCGCGCGUUAAGCCACGGAGAGCUGAUGGACGCAUUGUCCGUUCGCUUGAGUCAGAAUACGUGCAGUUUGUUGAGGACACGCUUGAAGUUGGACGAAGAGCUGAGAGCUGGACUGUUGAAACCACGUUGCGAAAGGAAUCUAUGCUACUGCCGGUGCAAUGAAUCGACCAGCUAUGCGUGCUGCAGCAUCGACGGUGGAAACCGAACCGUGAAAGAGGCGAGAAUCAGUACACCCACGCUGUACGAGUAUAUGGACGAGUACUGUACCUGUGCGGCAGAGGAACUUUACUUGCAUAGCAUGUAG